CUCCUACCAGGCUUGUGAUCAACCCUGAUUCGACUAUCCAUCUCCUCGUGAUAUCGACAGCUUCCGGAACAAUACUCUAGCAACCAUGGGCGGCAGCGGCGGAGAUGACGACAACCGCAUCCAUCGGAUGGCGAUGGAGGAUCCGGUGCCCUGGUACAAGAAACCGAACCUGCGCCGGAUGUACCUCCUCCUCUUCCCGUGUGUGAUAGGAAUAGAGAUGACGUCUGGGUUUGACUCGCAGAUUAUUAACUCUGCGCAGCUUCUUCCGGCCUGGAAGGAGUACUUUGGUCAUCCCACCGGAGCGUAUAAUGGUAUUCUCGCCUCGGCCUUGCCGCUGGGUUCCGUCCUCGGUCUACCCUUUAUCCCGCUCGUCAACGAUAAUCUGGGACGCCGCUGGACUAUACUGCUAGGGUCCUUGGUAAUGGUGGCGGGAGUGAUAAUUCAGGGGUUAUCUAUCAACGGCCCAAUGUAUAUCAUCGCUAGGGGGAUUAUCGGUUUCGGUCUUCCGUACGCUAUUGUAGCUGGCAGCUGCUUGAUAGGAGAGCUUGGCUAUCCGAAGGAGAGACCCAUCCUGACAUCGCUCUUCAACGCAUGCUACUUCAUCGGCGCCAUAGUCGCCGCAGGGACGACCUUUGGGACACAAAAGAUUGCGACGGACUGGUCCUGGCGCAUCCCAUCCUUCCUACAGAUGGCCCCUUCGCUGCUCCAGAUCACCUUUGUCUUCUUCCUGCCCGAGUCGCCGCGCUUCCUGAUGAGCAAAGACAGGAUCGAGGAGGCCGAGGCGGUGCUAAUCAAGUACCACGCCGAGGGCGACGCGGAGUCCGAGUUCGUUAAGGCGGAGAUCCUCGAGAUCAAGACGACGCUGCAGAUCGAAAUGGAGAACUCCAAGCAGUCGUGGAUGGACAUGGUGCGGACCCCCGGCAUGCGGCAGCGGCUGCUGAUCGGCUCGCUUCUGGGCCUGUUCACGCAGCUGUCGGGCAACCUGGUCAUCUCGUACUUCCUGGGCGACGUGCUCCAGCUCAUCGGCUACACGGACCCGACCUUCCAGGCCCAGUACAACCUCGGCAACCAGUGCUGGUCGCUCGUGUGUGGCGUGGGCGUGGCCCUGGUCGUCAUGCGCUUCCGCCGCCGCACCAUGUACAUGACGGGCAUCCUGUCCAUCCUGGCCGUCUACGUCGCCUGGACCACGUGCACCGCCGUCUUCAUCGCCUACAAGUCCGACGUGGCCGCCAAACUGUGCUUGUUCUUCAUUUAUGCCUACAGUCCGGCCUACAACCUGGCCUUCAACGCGCUGACUUACACCUACCUCGUCGAGAUCUUCCCUUACGCCCAACGCGCUCGCGGCAUCGCCAUCUUCCAGUUCUGGGGCAAGGCGGCUCAGUUUUUUGGCACCAACGUCAACCCGAUUGGCACCAGCGCCAUUGGGUGGAAGUACCUCCUGGUGUACUGCUGCUGGAUCCUAGUCGAGGUAGUACUGAUCUGGUUUCUGUGGCCCGAGACGUCUGGGCGCUCUCUCGAAGAACUUGCCUUCCUCUUCGAGCAGGACGAGUAUGCCCGUCGUCACGAGAAGGUCGGCAUCGACGAACCCGAGGAGAAGGUUACUGCCCAUGCUGUCGAGACGCAGGACAAGGUUUAAGCUGUGUCGCCAGGAGGGUUGUGAAUGCUUCAAGUCCGGCCACGGGAGCGGGAAGUGGACACCUACCUGAUCAUAGGGGGUCCGGUUACAAAUGACUUCCAGGGGCUCCAGAAUGACAAUAGAACCUCUCCACCCACACGUUGUUUGUAAAUUCUUUUGGUACAGCACUCCCAAACCUUCAAUGCAC